AUGUUUAAGAUGAUGAAUCGUGCAAAAAAAAGUAAUCAACAGGGCAGUCCGCGCAGCAAGGACGCUAAGGCGGCACGGCAUGGAGUGGGCGCAGGUGCGAAUGUGGGUUCGGUAAAGCCAUCUUUGACUCAAACGGCACCUCAACCAACUGCGUGCACUCCGGGCGAACCGGCAGCCCUCACUACCAGCGCUAGUGGAGGUGGACGUACGAAAAAAGUGAAACAAACUUCAUCGAGCAAAAAUGUAGCAGCUGCUGGUGGUGGAGCGACUCGUCGAGCACGUGCCACUGGGAAGGAAACGAUGGAGUCCAAGGUCCUCGGUACAGCUCGGCCUGAAUCAAACUCCGACAAUGGCGUUGGAGGCCUGGCCUCGGUGUCGGAACAGUCGGUAGGACCGAAAAUGGAACGUUCGAACAGUUUCUUUCUGACGCGUAAGCUCUCUACUCUAUAUAACAAACUGAGCGGAAGCCGGGAGAAUGUGUCCAACACCAACGUGGUGUCCCCAGUUGCCGAAACGCAACCUUUUCAGUUUGUUCGCAGUCGUAGCAUGUCCGCGAUACAGUUAAAACGAGCAUACCGACGCAGCCAGAAUGAAUCCACAUUGCAGAACCUACACGAAGACGCGAUAUUGGAAAGAUCGGAGAGCACCGAGGAAACAAUACCAUCUACGAUCUCGGAAGUGGUCUCAAACGCACCAGAAAUCACUCCCCCUCCAGUGCCCCGAUUUGAGCGAUCAAACAGUAUUCUUGCUUCAAUACGACGUAAAAUUAGCUUCCGAUCCGAAAGGCGUUCUUCGCAGGUAUCGAACUGGAGCACUUCGUUGCAAAAUCUGCGCCAGGAAGACUUCAUGAUCAGCUACGAUGAUCUAAGCUUCAUAGAUUACGAUCAAUUCAAUAGCUAUGAAACAAAUUUGCUUAAACGAAAGCCUAGUUGUACGAUGGAUUCUAUCGCUAGAGCUUCAUUUGAGGGAGAUCCAUCGUAUAUUGCCACCCAACCACAAAACGUUCCGCCGGCGCAUCACCAAGAAGACUCUCCCAUAAUCACAGAAGCAACCAACGGUAGCGUAGUUCGGCGGAGAUGGAAAAAUGACACUUUACUGCGAACUACACUUAUUCGCAAAAGUAUGGAUGUAGAGAGCAACCUCGACCGUGAUAAAAACGUCUACCGUAACAGUUUGGAUGCGGAGAAGCUGUUGUGCAUCAGUAAUGUGAACCGAAAAUCAUUUCGAUGGAGCGCGGAUGUUGAACGAGAUGUGGUUGCAUUAGACCUAGACACUGCCGAUUUUACUGCAGCCAAACCGUUGGCUGAAUUGGUUGCUCAUCGGCAUACACCGCCUCCAGUGUAUGACGUGUGUGAUAGUGGCAUGAUCGACGGGAGUGAAAGUGUAAAAUUAUGUGCGAUAGCCAAUGGUCCCCACAACACAGGGAGUAGUAUGGGAUAUAUUAGUCGUAGCGAAAGCUUCAAACGAUGCCGAUCAUAUGGAGGUGAGCGGGGUUCUGCAUUUGAGGAAGGAUUUGGAUAUCCCUCAAAACCAAAGCAGAUGAAAUCUUUGAGCCUUACCCACCUGGAUGAUAUCGAGCGUCAGGCCACGACACCGACCAUCAUAACAAACGAUCCACACCUCAGAAAGAGUGAUAAUUCCGACACAUCCAACACAUCGAUCGCAUCCGCAAGUGGAUCAUUCGGUUAUGGCGGCAACACCGUGUCUGGUGGAUCGUCCGUUCACGCCGUUUCGCCUAAGGACGUCUGCGUGACAGUUACCUCGGGCAGUGCGCUGAUCGACAUCAGCAACAGUGAUGGCGGAUGCAUCAAUCCAGCCUACGACAACGGGGACGGGGGCCCUCGUCACGAGACGAAUGACGACAUCUCAAUAAGUGAUAUGGAAGCAAGAAUCUGUCCGAAACAGGAGAGCAUGGAUAAGGGCCACGAAUGUCAGGGUUCCGGGACGUGCUGUAUGCUCACGUCGCCGUCUUGUGUAAAGACUACCCUGAGCUAUUCCAGUAAACUAAGCGGCACCGGUUCAUCGUCUUCUUCUCUUAAAAAGAAAUCCUCCUCUUUCCUACAUCGUGAGCGCAAAAAGCCAGUUCUCACACGCAGCCAAGUUUCCAGCUCCGAAUACUUCUCUGUUUGCUUCGAGAGCGAUCAUAACGAUCCAGGCGUCUUGAUCCCGGCCACCAAAGGAGUACGACUUGCUGAAUGUUUACGUGCCUCACUCUCACGAAGAAGUUUGAGUUUCUCUCAAAUUUAUGUUACCGAUAAUGGCUUCAACAAUCCGAACGAGACGGGUGUCCGGUACACGGAACCGUUGGACGCCAACAUGGACAUAUCUGCUUUGGCGGGUCGAACGCUAAUUGUAUCCGAGCGUGAUGUAACGUCGAAUCGGCGCACGGGCGGUCACCUUACGCUACAGAAAGCAGCCUCCGUAGGAAACCAGCCCUCGAUUAUGUCGUCAACUAACAAACUGUUUACCUCCACCUCCACGGACGACAACUAUGACCAAAGCCCCAAAGCAUCGUCAGCUUCUGGCAAGCAAUCGAAACAAAAAUGGACAAUACCAUUUGGAUCGAAGGGACCACAAAAGUCAAAGCUUUGCGAAUUACUGGACAGCUACAACAAAGAAAUUCCCAAAUCGACGUCUUCCUCCAGUAAUUUCAAUAACCCCGAGUAUGUAGACGCUUUAGUAGGCCUUAGGAACUUACCUCAAUGUUGGACGGAGAUUGUUAAUUGCUCUGGGGUGAGCGAAGCGGAAACGAAAAUCCAAUCCGCCAUCUGGGAGCUAGUGACGACCGAAGUAUACUACAUUCUCGCUCUACAAACGGUAACAGAUCUUUUUCUCGCCUGUUUAGAAGACAUUCAAUCACAAAACAUUCUCGCGGAUGUUGAUCAGAACAAAUUAUUUUCCAACAUACGUGACAUCUGGGAGGCAAACUUACGCUUUUGGACGAUGUACCUUCACCCAAUGGUAAAACAUAGCCUACGGACGAAAGAACCAAUGAGCAUCUACUACUUCCAAAGAGGCUUUGUUGAUUUCGCUACCAUCUUUACGCCGUACACUAAGUAUUGCGCCGAGCAAAGCACCUGUCAAUACUAUUGCAAAGAGAUGUACCACAAUAAUCCGCUAUUCAUGACCUACUGUGCCUGGUGCGAAUCGCAGAAGAUGUGCAAUCGGUUACGACUAGCCGACAUUCUGGUGCGUCCAAUGCAACGAUUAACCAAGUAUGGGCUACUGCUGGCGGCUAUCAAGAAACAUAUCAACGAUGAGGCAGAAGGCGAAGCAAUCGAUGCCAUGAUACAUUCGGUAGAGGAGUUUGUCGCCGGUGUGAAUUCUCAUCUAACAACACGACAGGAAAGCGAGCGUCUAAAAGGAAUAAAUGCUAGAAUCGACUGUUACGAGGUAGUGGAUGCAAACAAUGAGACUUUAGAACGUAUGGUCAAGCAACACAGCACCAUGUUUGAUCUUUGCCAGCCGAUGCGCGGUAUCGACCACGGACGAAAAGUAUUUCUAGAGGGUGACCUGAAAUACAAGGAUAACACCGGAAAGAUGGAUGUGCAUUGUUUCCUUUUUACGGACUUUUUACUAGUUUGUAAAAAGAAUAAGAACGAUAAAUUAAAGAUUGUCCGACAACCAUAUAUGACUGACCGGUUGAUGGUACAGCUCAAAGAUCAAGCCAUUUAUUGCUGCUAUCUGAAUGAACUGAACAUGGUGGUAACAGCAUUCACACUGCAAAGUCCUAAAGCGCAACAUUGGUAUGAUUCGAUAACAAAAGUAAAACAUAUUUACAAUCGCAUGAAACAAGGAACAUUUGGAGAUGUGAGACAGUACGGUAAUAUUAUUAACAUCAGCAACAGUUGCAACAACUCCACCAGUAAUAGCAAUAUGAACAUUAACAACGAUAAUCUAAGCAUCAAAAAGUCGCCUCUGAACAGCUCCAUCGGCAGUCGCGUAAGCAGUCUGAAUAAUAGCCACAGCGGAUCAGUCGAUCUAAACGAAUCGAAGCAAGUGUCCAUUGAUUUUGAGAAAACCAACUCCUUGUCGAGCGAUGAAGGUGCCGGCGUUGGUAGCACGAUGGCUGUCAUGAUGCAUUCAAAAUAUGGUCCGGGUAGCAGUCGGAAGCCAAAGAAUACCGUCUGCACAAUGCAAACCAAAUCCUCCAACUCAUUGACUGUUCAACCGUAUAGUGGAUUAGGUCAAAGUAUGCCUAACUUAAACUUGAAUUCGAUCCAAAACAGCAAUACUCUUUCGGUGCCAGGUACAUCUAACAGUCAAUCCCAUUCCGGCAUGGUAUUACUUUCUCCAAGCCAACGAGGCAUUUCAUAUCCUCCUCCGUCACCUACCAGGGCAACGUUGCGCCGCGGAUUCGCAUUCUCUACGUCAAUCAAAAACCCACCUUUAAUCAAGACACGCAACGUGUCCUCACAGCAAAGUUUCACGCUUUCGCAGCAGCAAAGCUUAAACACGGCAUCACUCGGCCAACAUCAACAGUGCCUACCCCCGUCGGCUAACACCUCGAACAGCACUACAAAUAAUACUGGCACGAAUGCAUCAAAUGAAGGAUGCAGUGGAACAAGCGGUAUUUCGUUGUCUUCGGCGAACGUAUCGUUUUUCAAGCGUAAAAACAGCUUUCAAAGCGUACCAAACAACAGCGCAACCACCAGCAUGGACCAAACUUUGCCCAACGAAACCUAA